AUGGGAAAUCCGGCUAGCGGUACACUAGCCGCCUUAGUUAUGGAUGAAGUAAUAACGAUAAGCUUAAGAACGCUAACCUUUGAUGUCCAUUUCAUUAAACUAUAUGUAGAUGACACGAUUUUCUCUAUACCAAAAGGGAAAUCGGACGAAUUACUCCUAAAAUUCAAUAACGUUCAUCAUAAACUGCAAUUCACCAUUGAACGAGAGUCCGAGGCAACAAUACCAUUUUUAGAUGUACUGUUGAUUCGAAAUGAAGAUGGAACCAUAAGCACCAAUUGGUAUACCAUACCCACCUCUUCUGGUAGAAUGUUGAACUACCGAUCACAACACCCCACAUCCCAGAAGAUAGCAACUAUAACAAACUUGAUGUUCCGUGCUAUUUAUUCAUUUGAGUGA